AUGUCCAACAGCGACAUCUACUCGAUCAUCAUCGAGAUCCAUCCUAAUAGCGAGACACCAGACCAGCCAGGCCAGGACUGGCGCCUAGGAGACAUCACCGUCGACUGGAUCGACUUGACGCGCGACAAGAGUGUCGAUCACUCCUGCGACCACCCAGACAGUCCGUCCACCGCUACUUCACUCAACCCACCUUCCCCCACCAAACGCCCUGUUCCUGGCGCCAUGGUGAACAACAGCAGCCCCGCGAAGCCGCGGACCAAGCCCCGUCGCAAGCGCGAGUCGCGUCCGACGUCUGACAUCCCUGAGUUGCCUGACGCGCUCAGCCUCCAGCCGCUACUCGCUCACAUCGCCGGACCGAACCCCGUGGCGGCGAGCACGUCGUCGGGCGUGACGCACGUCGGCAACGGCGUGGUCCACCUGUUCCGACACGCACCACCAGCCUCGCUUGUGGCACGUCUCGAGGGACAGAACGGUGAGAGCUCGCAUCGCACAGAAGGGUACGCUAGCGAGCAUGCCGAGGGCGAGGAUGGGAGCCUGGUGGCGAUCCUAGCUGUACCCGCAUGGAUGCGCCCAUCCGACUUGCUCGAGUUCCUUGGCGGAUGGGUCACGUGCCUCGAAGGCGUGCGUAUGAUCCGCGAGGCGACAACGCCCAAUCGCUCCAUUGUGCUCCUCAAGUUCCGCGAGCCGAGCCAAGCGUCUGACUUCAUGGUCAUCUUCACCGGCCGCGCGUUCUCGACUCUUGACACGCGCGAGACGUGCCAUGCCAUCCGUGUUCAUCACCUCGUCCUCCACCGCCUCGAGGACAAGCGCACCGACGUCGCCAUCCCCGCCUUCCCUCCAAGCGUGUACGCGUCGCGCGCUGCGGCCCUUCCCGAGCUCCUCUCCGGCGUGUCCAAGGAGCGAAGGGUCGAGCUUCCUUCUUGUCCCGUCUGCCUGGAACGCCUCGACUCGAGCGUCACGGGUCUAGUGACACUUCCGUGCGCGCACACGUUCGACUGCGACUGCCUGAGAAAGUGGGGCGACUCACGCUGCCCGGUGUGCCGCGUUAGCCACCUUCUGCUCGCCAGCGCGCAAAAGCAGAUCACGUCCGGUCCCGGACCUCGCGGAGGAGGUGAGAACGUCGAACUCGCGCGCUGCGGAAUGUGCGACUCGACCGACGACACGUGGAUCUGCGUCGUAUGCGGCUCUGUUGGCUGCGGGCGAUACUCGAAGGGCCACGCGCGGCGGCACUGGAAGGACACGGGGCACCAGCUGGCGAUGGAGCUCGAAACCCAGCGCGUGUGGGACUACCGCGGUGACAACUACGUACAUCGCCUCAUUCAGUCGCGGAUGGACGGAAAACUCGUCGAGCUGCCCUCUGCUUCCUCGCUCGCCGCCAUAGUAGCUCACGAAGGGCCGCGUCCCCACCGCCAGCUCCCGUUAAACCGUCCGCUUGAGUUUGAGGACUCGCCCAGCAGCCAGUCAAGCGAGGGACCCACGCGCACCUCGUCGCAGCAUGGCCCCUCUGAGGGUGACGCGGAGAAGAUGAGCACGAUCGAAUCCAUCACUCUCGAGUACUCGUACCUCUUAAGCAGCCAGCUCGAGGCAAUGCGCCAGCACUACGAAGGCGAGGCUGCGACAGCGCGCGCCCGCGUAGCGGAACUCGAAGCUGCGGCUGCCCGCACUAAGGCAGCCGAGGAUGCACGGGAAGCGGCCGAGACUGCCCGUCUCGAUGCGGAGGCAGGAAAGGAGAAGGCAGAGCGGCGUGCCGAGAACGCGCUUCAGCUCUCCCGUACCCUGCAGACCAACCUCGGCUCGGAGCGCAGUAUGUCGACUGGCCUCCAGAGCCGCAUUACGAGGCUGCAAAAGGACCUCGAGACGGUGCGGGCCGCGCGUGACUCCAAAGCUGCCGAGGUCGAUUCGCUAAAUGAGACGGUGCGCGACCUCAUGUUCACGCUAGAGGCGGGCCUCAAGAUACAGGAAGGCGGAGGUGAUGCUGGCGAGGGGGGGGACCUCCUCGUGCAAGGCGGCAAGAAGAAGAAGAAGAAGUAG